CAGGAAGCAGAACUGGAGGUGGCAGAAAUGAAGAUGUUGAGGUUCUCGCUCGGAGUGAGCAGGUUGCAUAGGAUCAGAAAUGAGCUCAUUAGAAGGACAGCCAAAGUUGGAUGUUUUUUCGAGACAAGGUUCGAGAGAGCAGAUUUGGAUGGUUUGGACAUGUCCAGAGAGGAGAGAGUGAGUAUGUUGGUGGAACGCUCCUGAGGAUGAAGCUGCCAGGCAAAAGAUCGAGAGGAAGACCAAAGAAAAGGUUGAUGGAUGUUGUGAGGGAGGAAAUGAGGACAGUGGGUAUUAGAGAAGAGGAUGCAAAAAUGGAAAAAGAUGACACGCUGUGGCGUCCCCUAAUUGGGACAAACCGAAAGGAAAAGAAGAAGAUGGAAGUAAAUAUGUGCCACCAGGAUUUGAGUAUUUAUUUGCGUCACUUAACACGUAGUUGCUUGUGCUACGACUCAAAUUAGUACUUGAUUGAGAUGACGAACGACUCGCCAUUGAGCCAUUUUGAGCACUUAUUAACUGCACAUCAAUGGAUUACGAGGCUAUGUUUUAAGUAUUGAUCAAUUACGAUAACCGGUCAUUACAAAGAGCUUCCAUAUCGACACGGUUGAUCCUGAACUAAAAAGGGAGAAGUAAAUGUUCUCAAAUGAAGUGAAAUGACAGUGACGCUCGCCGCGUUCCGUCCGUCCGUCGUUAACUUCGGGGGAUGUCGUGAGAUCACGGCGAACACUUCCAGGGGAGCGUCACCUCGCGCGGAACAACGCAGGCGAAGUGUGUGUCGGCGCGGGGUGGAGACGUCGGAGUGGGUUGUUAUUAGUGGGAGUGGCCGCAGCCUUUGCGUGAGGAGCGCUGGAAGCCAGGCGGCCGCCGCAGCUCGCACUCGUGAGAUUUCCCGUCAGCCUCUCAGCGAAACAGCCGAGGGAGGCGGACCGGACCGGACCGGAGACGAGCGCGAGGGAUGGCGGACAACAACUCGGAAAGCAGCGGCUCCGUGUACCGCCGGUGUUUGAGCCAUUCUUCGGCGGAGCGAAGCCCCCCACCCGGCGCCGACUCGUCCAAAUGGAUUCGGCUAAACGUCGGCGGGACCUAUUUUUUAACAACUAGACAGACGUUGUGUCGGGAUCCCAAAUCGUUUCUUUACAGGCUGAGCCAAGCUGACCCGGAGCUCGAUUCCGACAAGGAUGAAACUGGUGCCUAUCUCAUCGACAGAGACCCUACUUACUUUGGGCCGGUGCUCAACUACUUGAGGCAUGGCAAACUGGUGCUCAACAGGGACUUGGCAGAGGAAGGGGUCCUGGAAGAGGCUGAAUUUUACAACAUCACAUCAUUAAUAAAGCUUAUCAAGGACAAGAUCAGGGAAAGGGACUGCAAAACAUCACAGGUGCCAGUGAAGCACGUGUACCGAGUACUUCAGUGCCAGGAAGAAGAACUGACCCAGAUGGUGUCAACUAUGUCGGACGGUUGGAAGUUUGAACAGCUGGUCAGCAUCGGUUCUUCUUACAACUACGGCAAUGAAGACCAAGCCGAGUUCCUGUGUGUCGUCUCCAAGGAGCUGCACAAUCAAUCCUACGGGACAAACAGCGAACCCAGCGAGAAGGCAAAGAUUCUUCAGGAAAGGGGUUCCCGUAUGUGAGGUCGACCGAGUAUUAUGAGCUGCAGGUGUUAUGAUGCAAACAUAUCAUCCUCAUGGAAGACUUAUUUGGCACAAGAGGAGAUUCAAAUGGGGUAGGGGUGGGGGGAGUUCUCUGCUUUUAUUUUGUUUCCCCCCAUUUUUUUUUUUUUAGUUCUUUAUGUAUAUAAUUACGUCUGCUUACUGACAAUUUGUGCCUGUACAUUUCAACUGGAACUUGGGGCAAGUUUUUUUAUUUUUUAUUUUAUUUUAUUUUUUCCUCUUCAGCUAAUUUAAAAAAAAAAAAAAAAAAAAAAACACGGCCAUCGUAUCGGCCAGUGAUUUUCUCAGGGUCAUCUAUCUUAUCUAUUGACUAAAUUAUGACCUCCAAACUCGAUCCGAUAAAGCGAUCCGGAUGCGCUUUGUAAUUGAAAAGCGUCACGUUGUUUGGAGAUGGCAAGAAGGGAAUUUGCAUAUAUAUAUAUAUAUAUAUAUAUAUAUAUAUAUAUAUAUAUAAAAUGAUAUAGACCUGUAGUUCAACCACUUUUCUACCCUUUUCUAAGCAGCUUUAUGAGAUUUGUCGCUACGUACUCAUUCCGUAGCGCCAUCCGCUGCGCGUCUUCCAGUAAGGCCUCUUUUCCUCCGCAGAUGCACGUGGCGAUAAUAGUUCAACCUUUUUCUCCACACUUAAACGGCACGGAUUCAUUUUUAAAAGAGCCGCCGUUUGAAAUAAUCGAACGGGACAAAUCAUGUUUCUACAUCGGGCAGUGGACUGAUUUUAUAUGCUGUCAGGAACGUCUUUUUUUUUUUUUUUUCCCCAAACUGGCGUUUAUUGAUUUUAUUGUUUUUGAGUGGGGGAACAUCUCUUUUAUAUCAUUUUUUUGGGGUAAAAGUAUUUUGGGGUGUAGCAGAUUGCGGACUGGAACUUUUUUUUUUUUUGAGGACAGUUAACAAAUCUCUGUUCAUAUCCAGAGAAAUUAGUUUUUGGUGUAAAUAAUUAAAAAAAAAAAAAAAAAAAAAGAACAAUGUGUAUAUUUAACUCUUUAAAAAAAUGCACGUUUUGUACACUGUAAAGAAAACCACAACUUCAAAUGGAAGUUAUCCUGGAUCUUUAAGGAAAAAAAAAACUAAACAAAAAAACAAUUUCCCUGUUUUGCAUAGUUUGUACAGGAUUUGAGAUUUCUGAGUGAGAUUGAACAAGGUGUCUUUUCACUGAGAACAUGCCUCUACAUGUUUUAUUAACAAUAACAAAGCCAUACUUGGCUUUGAAGUUGACUGUUACAUUAUAUAUUUUUUUUUUCUCUCCUGCCGUGAGAUACAUUCUAGACAUUUUUUUUUCAAAGUAGUUUAUACACAUUACAAGCACUACAGUGGGGGAAAUGAGACACUGUGCACACUGCUAACAGCCUCUUACUGUAAAUACUGCAGUAUAGAAGUUUUUUUUGGGGGGGAAGUUAUUUUCAGAUUUGAUGUGCAGUUUUGACAGGUUGAAUAUUUCACCACAAUUGAUUAUUUUCUUUUUUUUAAACCCCUCUCCUCUUCCCACACUGACCAAAGUCCAACGUCUUACGUGUAUCGCACACAGUGAUCUUUUUGUGUCAGGGAAGCGCAAACCUUUUCUCGUUUCCCGCACACUUUGUACAUACGGACCCCUUCACGACACUCCCCGUUUAUCCACGCGUCCGCUUGGCAAAACGUUUCAUGAGUACGGAUGCAUGUUUUUUUUUUUUUUGUUUUGUUUUUUUAUAUAUAUAUAGAUAGACGUUUCCCCUCACACAAGGGCUUUUUAAGUUUAAGAGAAAAAAAGUUCAAUCGGAGUAGACUGGAUGUUCUGCAAGUGCUAGGCUGUGUUUACAUUUUGCUGUAGUAUUCUGAAGCCUUCCAAUGUACGUACUAUGUUCAUGCAUGUAAACUGCGUGCGUGCGCGCGCGGGACUCGCGCCUCCGACGGACGACAAGCACUCCGUGCCGGAUGACCUAACGACACUCCAUCCACCCACUCGAGCGACGCAGACAAUCUUGAUUUCCGCCCUCCUCUUGCCAGCAUGAUUCAAAACGUACCUCUGUAGGCUCAGAACAGUUGCGUUGCAUUUUUAUGGGGUGUACCUUUGCAUUGAGAUCCCCCACCCACAUUUUUAAGCGGAGAUGUUCCGACGCGGCGCGGAAACACCUCAAGAUGACGCUUUCAACCUUUCACGGUCACGGCCCGUUGAUCAUGCGGCAUGUGUAAUAUUUUUAAGGUGAUUGAAGGUUUUUUUCAAGCGCUGUAGUCUAAAAUUUUUUUUGCAUUCAAAAGUCAUAAACCACAGACCACCACGAUGCAUGAGUGGAGAUAACGUUCGUAAAGGUGUAAAAAAAAAAAAAAAAUGGGUUAUGUUUUUUUUCCUCCCCUUGAUCUGACUGAUCAAUGAUUAAUGUUCUCAUAUCACUAAAUACAUCACUACUAUAUGAUCUUAUGCAAUGUGUAUAAGCUAUGAAUAAGGUUUAGGGGAUGAAUCUAUUGUGAUCUUGCGCAAGGUAAACCCAAUAAAAAAAAAAUGUCACUUGUCUGUCUGGAUGGA